AUGCGGACGACGCUGUUGACCCUGGGAGUCUCGGCCGGCCUGUCGCUAGCGACCGGCACGACCCCACACGCUCAAGCGCCUUUGCACGUGCCGCGCAACGCCAACCUUACGUCAAACACCACCUCCGCUUCCCGUCCAAACGUCGUCUUCAUCCUCACCGACGACCAGGACCUCCACCUAGACUCGCUCGACUACCAACCGCUGCUCAAGAAACACAUCCGCGACCAUGGCACCUUUUUCGCUCGCCACUUUUGCACUAUCGCCAUCUGCUGCCCUUCGCGAGUAAGCUUGUGGACCGGCAAAGCCGCGCACAACACAAAUGUCACCGAUGUCAGCCCUCCGUACGGCGGAUAUCCAAAGUUCAUCAGCCAGGGCCUCAACGACGAUUACUUGCCUGUCUGGUUGCAGGAUGCGGGCUACAAAACUUACUACACAGGCAAGCUGUUCAAUGCGCACACAGUCGAAAACUACAACAAGCCCUACCCCAGAGGGUUCAAUGGGUCGGACUUUCUCAUCGAUCCUUUCACCUACCAGUACCUGAACAGCAGCUUCCAGCGCAACCAGGAUCCUCCGGUGAACCACCCAAAUGAAUACGCGACAGACUUGCUGGCAGAGAAGGCUUAUGGAUUCCUUGACGAUGCUGUGCAAGCAGACAGGCCCUUCUUCUUGACCAUUGCUCCUGUAGCGCCUCAUGCCAACGUGGCGAAGGGCAGCGACGGCAAAAACAAAUUCACGGAGCCCAUUCCUGCAAAAAGACACGAGCACCUGUUCAAGGACGUGAAGGUGCCGCGCACCCCGAACUUCAAUCCUGAAAACCCAUCCGGAGUAAGCUGGAUCAAAGCGCUGCCGCGCCAGAGCCAGGAAAAUGUAGAUUACAACGACCACUUCUAUCGACAACGCCUCAGGUCUCUGCAAGCUGUUGACGAGAUUAUCGAAGGAGUGGUGGAACGGCUGGAUAGGUACGGGAUCCUGGACAACACGUACAUCAUCUUCACCACCGACAACGGGUUCCAUGUUGGUCAGCAUCGGAUGCAACCUGGCAAGGAGUGCGGCUACGAAGAAGACAUUAACAUCCCGCUCAUCAUCCGCGGGCCUGGAGUGCCCAAGAAUGCGACGACGGACAUCGUAACGUCGCACACUGACCUGGCACCGACGUUCCUUGACUUGAUCGGCGUUGCUCCGAGAAAGGAGUUUGAUGGCCUUGCAAUCCCAGUGACAGGAAAGGGCAUUGCGGAAGCAAAGAACUCCCGUCAUGAGCACGUUAAUGUGGAAUUUUGGGGAAUUGUGAUUGAGGAAGGUGACUACGGAAACAAUCGACUGCCGAAUAACACCUACAAGGCACUUCGCAUAGUCGGGAAGGAUUACAACCUGUACUAUUCUGUCUGGUGCAACAACGAGCACGAACUCUACGAUCUCAACAAUGACCCGUACCAGAUACAUAACUUGUACGACUCUCCUGCCUCUAGCUCCCACGGCACCAACACCACUUUUCUCGGCCUCUCCCACAGCAGCAACACUACUCUUCUCGGCCUUCCAGUCACCAAAGCGAUAGCCCGCCUAGACUCACUCUUAUUCGUGCUCAAAUCCUGCAAGAGCGAAACAUGCAUUCGCCCUUGGGAGGCACUGCAUCCUGACGGAAACGUCCAGAAUCUCCACGACGCGCUGUCGCCGCGCUUUGACAAAUUUUAUGAGGUCGAGCAAGAGCGGGUCUCGUUUUCGCGCUGCGAGCUGGGCUAUAUUAUCGAUGCUGAAGGACCGCAGUUUGAGAAAGACGGCUUGUUCUUCCGCGAGGGAAAUAGGUGGUCGGAUUGGGUUUGA